AUGAAGAUAUAUCUCAGAGCAUUGGGGGGUUUCGUUAUCACCACAACUCCGCUUUCGUGCUGCCUAAUGGCUUGGAGGGGAGCUAGCGGAAAUGGAAUUGCGUUUAUCGGGCCCAUCGUGUUCCUGGGAGGACUUUUGCUGCUCAUAACGAGCAUCCUUGAGUUCGUUUUAGGAAACACCUUCCCAUGUGUUGUAUUUGGUACUAUCGGGGGAUUUUGGUUUGCAUUUGCAGCCUCUAUGAUUCCAUCUUUCAAUGCCGCAGCACCUUAUUCACCGUCGGCUUCUGAUACAGUUGCUGGGCUCUCAAGCCCUGGGUUUAUGACUACGUAUGCCUUUCUAUUCAUCACCAUGGCAGUUCUCAUGUUAAUCUUCAUGAUCUGCGCGACACGCACGAAUGUCGUUUACACCCUGAUAUUCCUGUCUCUUCUUGUGGUCUUCCUUCUCCUCUCUUCUGCUUACUGGAGACUGGCUGAUGGCGACGCUGCCGUCGGCGACCGUUGUGUUAAGGGCGCUGGAGCUUCGCUUUUUGUGGCUAGUCUUCUUGGAUUUUAUCUGCUUAUCGUUCAGCUUUUUGAGGCCUUGGACUUUCCCUUCCACUUGCCUGUUGGCGACCUGGGAACGUUAUGGGAAACUUGUAAAAAGAAGUCACUUUCAAGGGGCAAUGACAGAUGCGAUAUCGAGGAUCCUGCUGCUGUUGGUGAUUAUGGCAGCUCUUGA